AUGAGCACCGGCGACACGCUCGACAAGCUGGUGGUGUUCCUGGCGAAGCGCGAUGGCAUCGACAAGCUAGUCAAGACGUUCCAGUACGUGUCCAAGCUGGCGCACUGGGGCGCCGAGUCGUCCUCCCUCCCGGAGCUCGCCCAGCGCGCCAAGAGCUGGGAGACGGCGUCCGGGCUGAGCCGCAAGGCGUUCCGGUCGGGCCGCUUACUGACCGGGUUCAACGAGCUGCGCCGGGGCCCGCCGCCGCCGGGGGAUGAGUUCGGCGCGCUCGCCGUGCUGGCCAACGCCGGCGAGAUGGUCUACUUCUUCUUCGACCACUUCGCGUGCCUGUCCCGCGUGGGCGUCCUCGAGCCCUGGCUGGCGCGCCGGGCCAGCUACGUGUCGUCCUUCGUCGCGAUGGACGUCAUUUGUCUACUUUCUUGGUGUUCUUCGUCGUCGUCGGCCGUGGCGCCGGUGCAGCACAUGCCGCGGCGCUGGUCCCCGUCCUCGUCAAGCUGA